AUGUCGGCCAAAGUGAAGGAGGUUCUCGGUUCCAGCAGGUCCAAGUACCAUUGGUUCCAGCAGGUCCAGAUACUGUUGGUUCCAGCAGAUCCAGAUACUGUUGGUUCCAGCAGAUCCAGAUACUGUUGGUUCCAGCAGAUCCAGGUACCAUUGGUCCCAGCAGAUCCAGGUACCAUUGGUUCCAGCAGGUACCAUUGGUUCCAGCAGAUCCAGGUACCAUUGGUUCCAGCAGGUACCAUUGGUUCCAGCAGGUACCAUUGGUUCCAGCCGGUCCAGGUACCAUUGGUUCCAGCAGGUACCAUUGGUUCCAGCCGAUCCAGGUACCAUUGGUUCCAGCAGGUACCAUUGGUUCCAGCCGAUCCAGGUACCAUUGGUUCCAGCAGGUACCAUUGGUUCCAGCAGAUCCAGGUACCGUUGGUUCCAGCAGGUACCAUUGGUUCCAGCAGAUCCAGGUACCGUUGGUUCCAGCAGGUACCAUUGGUUCCAGCAGAUCCAGGUACCAUUGGUUCCAGCAGGUACCAUUGGUUCCAGCAGGUCUUGGUACCAUUGGUUCCAGCAGAUCCAGGUACCGUUGGUUCCAGCAGGUACCAUUGGUUCCAGCCGAUCCAGGUACCAUUGGUUCCAGCAGGUACCAUUGGUUCCAGCCGAUCCAGGUACCAUUGGUUCCAGCAGGUACCAUUGGUUCCAGCAGAUCCAGGUACCGUUGGUUCCAGCAGGUCCAAGUUCGAAAAAAGUUAAUACAUUGUGAUAUAUCGCAGGAUAUUGCAAUAUGUUUAAAAUCGCAAUAAUAUUGUGUCGUGAGACCUCUGCUGAUUCCCACCCCUACUGUCUGACA